AUGGAACUUGAGAAUGGAGAACAAUUUGUGCAAACAGUGGUUCCAAUGUUUUCCUCCAGUGGGUAUCUGUUUUGCCUUCAUAGAAGAAUCCCCAAAGUAUCUUUCAUCACUGAAGUAAAAGUGUUGUUACAACAGGGUGCGAAAAUACGUGAUAAAGUAAUGGGUAGCAAUGCCAAUGUGAUAGUCGUCUACGGAGAAUCUUACUCAAUUAUAUUUCUUAGAUGGUUUCCAUAUUUAUCAGAAGAAGAAGAGAUGAGAGAGGAUGUAAGAGAUGGUGAUUUUUUCAUCAAGGACUUCUGGCAACAAGCCUUUGCUUGUGUCUUCCCUAGUAUAGUCACAGAUGUUAUGGAUCCGAAUAUUUGCACUGGAGAGGAGAACCUGGAAAUGCUUCCUACACCUUUUUUUGAAAUGAGCAUGACGGGCCAUAGCUACUGUAUAUACAAUGCUGUUUAUGCCAUGGCCCAUUCUCUCCAUGCCAUGUUUUCAGCCAGACUCAAUUCAAGAUUACUGGAAGACAAUAGGAAGCUGGUAUCUCAGUUUUAUCAGCUGUGGCAGGCAAGGCCUAUUUCUCUAUGCAGUGAGCAGUGCAGUCCUGGUUCAAGCAAGAAAGCAAAAGAAGGGGAGCCAUUUUGUUGCUAUGAUUAUAUGAGUGAUUGUUCCACAUGUUCAGAACAAACAUAUCCAAAUAAAAACCAUGAUUUAUGUAUUCCCAAGGAAAUAAGCUUCUUGUCUUUUGAAGAACCUGUCGGGCUCAGUUUAGCCCUUUCUGCUCUUUCCUGUUCUUUGGUCACCGUUCUAGUUCUCUUCACAUUUAUGAAGAACCACAACACUCCCAUUGUCAAAGCCAACAACCGGCAGCUCACUUACACUCUCCUCCUCUCCCUCCUGCUCUGCUUCCUUUCUGCACUGCUAUUCAUUGGACAGCCUCAGAAGGUGACGUGUCUCCUCCGACAAACUGCUUUUGGCAUCAUCUUCUCAGUGGCUGUUUCUUGUGUGCUGGCAAAAACCCUCACUGUGGUUCUGGCUUUCAUGGCCACCAAGCCAGGAUCCAGAAUGAGGAAAUGGGUGGGAAAGAGGCUGGCCAAUUCCAUUGUACUUUCUUGCUCCCUUACACAAGGAAGCAUUUGCAUUGUGUGGCUGGCAAUCUCUCCCCCAUUGCCAGAGGCUGAUGUAUACUCAAUGGCUGAAGAAAUAAUACUUGGAUGUAACGAGGGGACUGUGAUUAUGUUUUACUGUGUCCUUGGCUAUAUUGGCUUCCUGGCCAUUGCCAGCUUCACUUUGGCCUUCCUUGCCAGGAAGUUACCCAACACGUUCAAUGAAGCCAAGUUUAUCACUUUUAGCAUGUUAGUGUUUUGCAGUGUGUGGUUAUCCUUUGUUCCAACCUACUUGAGCACCAAGGGGAAAUACAUGGUAGCUGUGGAGAUCUUUUCUAUCUUAGCCUCCAGUGCUGGAUUGUUGGUCUGCAUCUUUUCUCCCAAAUGCUACAUUAUUUUGUUGAAGCCAGAAUUGAACAAAAGGGAACAACUAAUACGAAGAACUAAUUGA